AGAACCCGAAAAUAGAUUUUGGGGUUUUUGGAACGCUGCCUCCUGCUUUGUCGCAGGUCAGUCGUUUAUACUGUUUAGUCACGCAACAUGUUCUAUACAGGAGCUGGUCGUUCAGGAUGUCGAUGGCUUUUAGUGCAAAAGGAUUUCGUGCAGGGAGCGUGUCAUUUAGGUAGACGAUCCAACAGCAAUGCUCUAGCAGCCGCCCGUCAGCUGUUGGAUAACGAAUUGGAAUCGAUUCGCCAAGCUGGAACUUUUAAGCACGAACGAGUCAUUACCUCUAAGCAAGCUGUCAGUGUUCAAGUUCAAGGCCAGCUACAACCACUGCUGAAUUUUUGCGCAAAUAAUUACCUGGGUCUUUCGAGUCAUCCGGAUGUUAUUCAAGCAGGCAGAGAAGCUCUCGACAGGUACGGUGCCGGCUUGAGUAGCGUGCGUUUCAUCUGCGGAACUCAAGACAUCCAUAAGACUUUGGAGAAGAAAAUUGCCGAAUUCCACGGCCGAGAAGACGCCAUUCUUUACCCGAGCUGUUUCGACGCCAAUGCUGGACUCUUCGAAGUCCUACUGACUCCCGACGACGCUGUCAUUUCGGACGAACUUAAUCAUGCGUCCAUCAUUGAUGGUAUCCGGCUCUGCAAGGCUAAAAAGUUCCGUUACAAGCACAAGGACAUGGCUGAUCUCGAAGAGAAAUUGAAAGAGAGUCAAAACGCACGAAUGCGCUUAAUUGUGACGGAUGGUGUCUUCAGCAUGGAUGGUAACGUCGCUCCAUUGAAAGAAAUCGGCCAACUUGCUGACCAAUACAAAUCAAUGAUCUUUAUCGACGAGUGUCAUGCCACGGGCUUUUUUGGAGCUACUGGCAGGGGAACAGAAGAAUAUUUUGGUCUCACCAACCGAGUUGACAUCAUCAACUCAACCCUGGGUAAAGCUUUGGGUGGUGCGGCGGGAGGCUACACGACCGGCCCCAAAGAAUUGAUUCACCUACUACGCCAACGAGCGCGCCCAUACCUUUUCUCCAAUUCACUUCCGCCUCCUGUCGUGGCCGUUGCCCAAAAGGCCCUGGAAUUGGUUAUGGGAGGGUCGGGUCUAUCGCAAAAAGUGGCAGCUAAUACGGCACGUUUCCGUCAUGGAAUUACAUCAGCCGGAUUUCAAAUUCUUGGCGAAAAUCAUCCCAUUUGCCCCGUAUUCCUAGGAGAUGCUAAACUGGCUGCUACCAUGGCCGAAAAAAUGUUAGGUAGAGGCAUCUACGUGAUUGGAUUUAGCUACCCUGUCGUGCCUAAAGGAAAAGCACGAAUUCGCGUGCAAAUCUCUGCGGCUCAUUCGUUUGACGACAUCGACCGGACCAUCGAGGCCUUCAUCGCAGUUGGCCGUGAGCUGAACGUCAUCCACUAGAGAGCGAAGCAAAAAGAAAAAUGUUAAUGAUCAAGAAAAACCUUUACACGGCAAACAAAAAGCACGAAGUUUAUCCAUCUACCAAUGGCGAAACUUUAAAAACAAAAAUGAAACUGUAUUUUGAGCGCGACAAAAAAGACAAAGCUAUUAUUUGAAAAAGACUAGUUAAUAUAAAGGUCUGUCAACUUGGCAA